AUGGAAAAUUCAGCAAGUCAUGUUGAUGAAGUAGAAAUGCAGUCCUCUUCUGGUCGAAAAAAUGGUGGCUGGAUAACAUUCCCCUUUACUAUAGCAACCAUGGCGGGCUUAUCGCUUGCGGCUGGAGGAUGGAUGAGCAACCUGAUUGUUUUUCUGAUAAAUGAGUACAACAUGAAGAGCAUUGCAGCUGCUAAAGUUUUCAAUUUGGUCAAUGGCUUGACAACCAUUUUCCCCAUUGUUGGUGGGAUCAUUGCUGACUCUUAUCUUGGCUGUUUUUCUGUCAUUUGGAUUUCUUCACUUAUCUCUGCUCUGGGCAUAUUGCUUUUAUCAUUGACAGCAGUAAUUAAUGCAUUAAGACCUCUAGCAUGUGGUGAUGGAUCCAAUUUUUGCACAAGCCCCUCAACAAACCAAUAUGUAUUUUUGUACGUGGCUUUGGCACUGGCAUCUAUAGGGGUUGGAGGUACUCGUUUUACGAUUGCACCCAUGGGAGCUUAUCAAUUUGAUAAGCCAAAACAUCAGGCAAUGUUCUUUGAUUGGUACAUAUUCAUCUUUUACUUGUGCUGGGCUUUAAGCACCGCGUUCAUCGUCUAUGUGGAGGACAACGUCAGUUGGGCAUGGGGCUAUGGUAUAUCUUUGGCUUGUAACGUACUUGGCUUGGCAAUUUUCCUUGCUGGCAAGCGCUUCUAUCGCCAUGUUAAGGAACAAGGAGGCAGCCCUUUCGUCAACUUAGCACGUGUCAUAGUCGCCGCCAUUCAGAAAUGGAGAGUCCCUCUUUCAGAACAAACUCAACACUACUACCAUGAUGCAAGUGACAAAACCACACUAACAACUUCUCCAAUUCCUACCAAAUUCUUCAAGUUCAUGAAUAGUGCAGCUUUUAUUACUGAGGGAGACACCAAACCAGACGGCUCAAUUAAUAACCCCUGGAGAUUAUGCACAGUGCAGCAAGUAGAAGAUUUUAAAAGUUUGAUCAAGCUUUUCCCUCUAUGGGCUAGUGGUUUGCUAAUAUCCACUCAAUUGGUCAUGCAAUUGAGCUUGUUAACACUUCAGGCUCUCAAAAUGGAUCGCCAUAUGGGACCUCAUUUCGAGAUCCCAGCAGGUUCUAUGUUAGUCUUCAUACUUUUAUUUACUUGUAUAGCCAUAUCCAUCAUUGACAGACUACUAAACCCUUUUCUAGCUAAGUACACACGAUUUUCUCUUACCACUCUUCAGCGCAUUGGAAUAGGCCAUGCACUAACUAUAGCGUGCAUGGCUUGUUCUGCCCUGGUGGAGUCUAGGCGACUGGGGGUCGUUAGAUCACACCAACUCCAAGGCCAAAAGGAUGCCAUCGCCCCAAUGUCCGUUUUCUGGCUACUGCCACAGCUAGCUAUAAAUGGAAUCGGAGAAGGAUUUCAUUUUCCAGGACACAUCGCGUUUUAUUACCAAGAAUUUCCAACAUCCUUGAAGAACACCUCAACUGCGAUGGUUUCGUUGUUUAUUGGUAUUGCGUUCUAUCUGGGGAACGUGUUGAUCAAUCUUGUUCAAAGGCAAUCAGGAUGGUUGCCUGACAAUAUCAAUGAUGGAAGAAUGGACAAUGUCUUCUGGGUCUGUUGUACCCUGGGAUCUGUAAACUUCAUUUAUUUCCUUGUGGUUUCCUCCUUAUACAAGUACAAAAAUAUGGACAGCAAACCAUAUGAUGUGCCCAGUAAAUGAAGUACUACUUGUAGUAUAAUUUAAGAAGCAUGUAUAUCGAUCAUAGCAUGUGA